AUUCUACCCGUUGCUGGUACUAGGCUCGUAUUGGUGUUUAGACGAAAGAUGUUGUAGUCAAUAUCCUUGAACUAUUCAAUAGAAUGCAUUGUUUUUUUAGGUGAAAAUACUGAUGCAGUAAUUAAGAGUGCUUCGCUUCAAAUGUUUUAACUUAAUAUAAAAAAUUUAACUUUCCUUAAAUAUUAAGUUUGUCAUAUCGUAUCGAAUUCGAUUGUGCCCAUGAUGAAAUUAUUUCCCAUGAUUCUUUGGUGACAGAAAAGAAGUGCUAUAACAAUCCAUCAUGAAAAGCAAACGCUCCGCAAUGCAUUUUAAGAAUGUGACGUCUGCUACUUGCGUAGCGAUCCUUACAAUGUUUACAGUUUUCCAUAAUGUGGAGGGUAAGUAGGUUGUCAUUAAUCUUAUAAGUAUACACAUUGGCAACAUCUUUUACGCGACUUCCUCGAGUCAAUGAUACAUUUCAAAUUAUAUAAACACGUUUGUGUAAAGCAAUUUUGUUUUUCAAUUAGCCACCAGCACUGAAUUUGCUAUUUCUGCAUACGUUUGUUUAUAAGAUAGCAUACUUAAAAAUAUUUUUUUUAAAUACUGUACUAUAAUAUUGCGCAUGUUAAUGAUAAAUCAUGUCUUUAAACAAACACAUCUUUAUAUCUGUAUCACAGACAAUUUACAUUAAAAUGUGUGUAGCUUGAAAACUUUGCUGGUGUUUCUUGCGAUGGUGGAAUUUUCCACGUCCCAUUUUGAUUCCACUCACAAUGUAUUCACUAUUUCGUAUCUUAAAAGUGUCAAAUACAAUCUUUAAAAGAAGACAUGCCCGCCUUAAAAUAAUAAUAAUAAAUAAUAAUAAAGUUCAUUUCAAAAACACGCUUCAUCCCCAAAGGCUCGAAGCGCGGUACAAAGUCAACAAAAAAAACAAAUCUAUAAUUUACCACAUUUAAAACAAACGCAACACUGCAAAAACUAAUUACAAGCAUACAAUGUCAAAGUCUUUCAACCCAUUUCAACCGUGAGCAACACAGCCAAUAUGCAUUAAAUGGAAAAUAUGGUAGACAAUCAUCCCAGUAAGUGUUUGCGAAAUAAAUGUGUCUUUAAAUCGGUUUUAAAGGACUCCAGUGUCUGGAUGUUUCUGAGAUCGAGUGGAAGGGCGUUCCAAAUUGUUGGACCAGCAAAUGCGAAAGUGCGCUUUCCGCAUUGAACUAAUACAUCUGAGUUUCCAAUCCCGUUUUGUAUAUAAUCUUCAGAGAUAAUCAAUUUGUCAAGAUUCUUAAAAGUUGUUUAAUUUUUUUUUUUUUUGAUGAUUGAAUUGCGCUGCCUUUAAAUGUUGAUCUCAACAUGACCUAAAUGCUCGGAGACUUAGAUUUGUUUACUCUUAUUAUGAAUGAAAAUGAUUAUUGUGAUACCUCUGCUCUGCUGUAAUUGUUUUUAGGAGACUUACAUUGAAUAAAAUCUAUAAUCAUUCAACAAAUAUGAUAAUUUCUUUUGAGGUCAUUUAUUUUUACAAAAGCAUCAAGGUCACGAAUGUUUUUGUGACGGCAUGGAACUUAGUUUUCAAAACGAUAGCAAUCUUGCGAUACACACGACUUAGAAUGAUCGAACUAAGCAUACUACUUUUUUAAAUAAGGUAUUGGUACCCAUAUGUGAAUGUCAUAAUUUGAGAAACCUUUAGUUAUAUUAUUUGUAGAUCAGGCUUAAAGAUUUCAUUAUUUUUAUACAAAUUGUAGAAGAAAUCGUUAAAAAGGACAAUAACAGAACGUGAACGUUUCAGCCCCCCCCCCCCCCCACUCCUUCCCCCAAAAGACUUAGACAGCCAAAACAGUUAAGGACAGUGAAAGAAAAAUUAUAGCUUGUUGUAUACAUAUGCAGGCAAUAGGAAAUCAUAGACAUAUGCAACUUUGGAGGUGACAAAUGUAACCAAACAAUUUGCCUAUGGCACUAACAGGAAACUUAACAUAGUGUACUUCUUCAAGUUCCCCUCUAGCCUUCGCAUAGUUCUUAUUGCUUCAACGUGAACGGAGCCAUCCCCGUAUUUCACUUUGAAAUCCCACAUUAAUAUUAGUCGUUUAUAUUACCCUAAAUGGCUCUGGCAGUCCAUAAAUAUAAGGCAGUUGAAUCUUUCUUUUUUAAGCAAAACAUUCAUAAACUUCGCCAUCAAACUACAGUACAUUAUGAAAAGUGAACUUCGGUGACAUGCUUCCAGUUGCCAUUAAAGGAAAUUUGUUAAUCAAAUGUUUUAUCAGAGUUACAAUUCUGAUUAUUUGUAUCUACACACUUGCAUGGUUGGGGUCGCCAGACGUACUUUAGGAAAUCAAUUCAGCGUGCAGUAGAUCAUAAAGCUCUUAGUGCCCGAACCAAGGCAUUCCCAACAGGCUUGAAGAUUAACCUAUCAGGCCACGCAGCGGCAUGUUGGAGAUCUUCUGCUAAUAAAGGCCUCUAAUUGUAACAUCACUUGACUGAUUCUCUUUACGGGUCAUCUUAACCUAAGGAUAUUCGGUUUGCAGGUGAGGUUGAUCUUCCGAGCCCAUCAGUCGACCUUCCCCAUUGGUCGAGAUGGUCUUUUUUACAUCCGAAUAGUGCCCCCUGCCCAUCACGGCGAGGUCUUAGGCUCUCUAUUAGGGUUUUCUACAGUUGGCUACUACUCCGCAAAAUAUUCAAGUAGUAGCUGGAACGAAACGGUUGCCUAGGCACAGCCUAUUCAAUAUAUGUUUAUAUCGAAUCAUUGUCAUGAGAUUGCCUUUAUCCACCUCAUGCCUCAUAUACAUCAGAGGUAUCUUUAUCCCUUAAUUUUUUUCUACCGUUAUUUCAAAUGGAAAUUCAUCCACAGCUGGUAGUAAAACCGAAACGGUUAUCCUUCUAGACACAUAUCAUGCAGGCAUUACUUUUGUCUGUUAACGCAGGUUCAAGCAAUGGUAUGAUUUUCCUCGGGAAGCGCUAGAGUUAUGGUGGCAGCACCUCUUUUAUCGGCAUGGUACUAUAGAGGUAUCGACUUGAGCUUUGCGGGAGGUGUUACCAGAUAAUGGUCUCUCUUGAAUACGUUGAGAUUUGCGAGCUUCAAUAAAGUCCGUUACAUGCUGUUUCUCUUGUAGGCUGUUGCAUGAUUUUGAAUUCCCUCUCUCCGAUAUUGCAUGAUUUCCUAGUGUAUCGUGUAAGAAGCUAGGAGGUGUGCUGACUUUUAACAUUUAUCAUUUAAAACUUCGACUGUUCCUUUUCGUCAUCAUACGGAAGCUCAGCUUUGAAUUGCAGCACGUUACGUCUCUGUUAUCUAAAUUGAAUAAGAGAUUUAAACAUUAGCAAUGCAGUGUCGUCACGAUCAGUCUAUUGAAAUUGAUCUUUCUAAGAGUCCUCUUUGCGAUUGCUCGGCUUUUUUAAGUGUAUGUCUGUUUUCAUUCGAUUUUGAUCUUAAGAAAAUGACUAAAACUAUUCUUUCAUAAAAUGUUCCAAAUUUUUGUAUGAUAGCCUCACCGUAUUAGCCAAUACAAUAUAGUGUUGAUUUGUAUUGCAACAAUGCUCAAAAAAUACUUCAGCUUACAUGCAUAGACAUAGUGUUGUAUUUUCAAAGCACACAAUCAGUACCAACAUUCUAUUUCCCAUUAUGUACAAUGCUAGGUAUUGUUGAAUGGAAGAAAAAAAAGUUGAGUAGUUUAAAAAUAUAUUUAAAUUAAACAUAAUGCUGCAUUGUCAAUAGACACACAUAUUUGUUUGUAUUAUUGUCAACAUUGGCUAAAUUGUUCAGUAGAGUUGCUUACUUUCCAUUAUCUAUUCUGCCGGUUUCACCAAUGUUGUUAGUGUUUUUUUAUUUAUUUUUUACACCUUUAAACAUGUCUCGCUGUGUAACCUCUAAAAAGAUGACGUGUAAUAGUUGAUAAUUUUGGUUUCUAUAUUGGUUAGCUUCACAGGACAUUUGUCAAAAGCAUAAAAAAUAUCCACUUCUAAAAAAAUAGAUUUAACAAAACUCUUCAUCAUAAUUUCUUUUGUUUUUCAGAAUGGGGACCCCUUAUCAAUUCCAAAUGUUCUUCGUGGCUCAUUGCUCUUAAACCCAAUCACACUAUCUGAUGUAAUUGAACAUACAAUUAUAAUCGUUAUUUCAGACAACCCUUUACAAACCAAUUACCCGUCAGACAUGCAUGACCAGUCACCCCUCUAUCAACCAAUCACCCGUCAGACAUUGGUUACCAAAACUUAUUUUUGCUUUUUUUUUCGUACUUCGAAUGCUUCGAAAUGAAUAGUAGCCUUUUAUGAAUCUGUAUUAUUUUAAAUUGAGCUCUGUCGGUAGCCCUCAAACUCUCGUUCAUGCCUUUUUUUAAUCCCAUGGCAAGACUAAAUCAAGAAGACUAGAAAUAGACCAGGAUGCAGUCGAUGACCGUCAGUGUGUUGAUGUGUGUUUCACUGUGCUCUGUAUGCAUUCUUUGUUUCAGGAGUUGUGGGUCAAUGUUAUACCGCCUACGAUCUCCAUCUCCGUGUUUGAUUGUAUAUGUUUAUUUUUUUUCUGAAAAGAGUUUCCAUCCAAGAUUAACGAGUCCCAUCCAUCUGAAACCACUAUGCUAAAAAAAGGAACUACACUCUCGAAUGUUACUCGAUCAUGAAAGUUAAAAAAACAAUAUUAAGUUAUCUGACACUUAUAGCAUGGUAAUGGAAGAAGUGGUGCAAGCUGCCAAAGGAGGGACUCAGGCUACAGAAGAAGUGGACCUAAUUUCCAAAAAAAGUGACACAGGCUCUCGAAGAAGUGGCACAGACUGCCGAAGAAGUGGCAGAGGCUACCGAAGAAGUGAUAAAGGCUCUCGAAGCAGUGACACAGGCUGCCGAAUAAGUGAAAUAGACUCUCGAAGAAGUGACAGAGGCUGCUGAAGAAGUGGCACAGGCUCUCUUAGAAGUGAGACAGGCUGCCGAAACCAUGACAAGUGCUUUCAAAGAAGUGGCACAGGCUGCCGAAGAAGUGAUAAGUCUCUCGAAGAAGUGACACAGGCCACCGAAGAAGUGACACAGGCUGUUGAAAAAGUGGCAAAGGCUCUCAAAGAAAUAACACAGGCUGCCGAAGAAAUGGCACAGUCUCCCAAAGACUUGACACAUGUUCUUGAAAAAGUGACACAGGCUGUCAAAGAAGUGACACCGACUGCCGAAGAAGUGGCUAACGGUUCUCAAAGAAGUGACCCAGGCUGCCAAAGAAGUUAUUCAUGUGAUCAAAAAGUGAAAAAAGCUUCCGAAGAAGUGACUCAUGAUGCUAAAGAAGUGAAACGGGCUCUUUAAGAAGUGGCAAAGGCUGCCAAAGAGGUGACACAGGCUACCGAAAAACGGCACAGGCUCCCCAAAAAAAUACACCGUUUCUUGACGAAGUGAAGCAGGCUCUCAAAGAUGUGACACAGGCUGCCGAUGAAUUGGCAGAGGAUCUGUAAGAUGUGACACUGGCUACCGAAGAAUUGGCAGAGGCUCUAAAAAAUGUGACACUGGCUUCCGAAGAAUUCGCAAAGGCUCUCAAAGAUGUGACACUGGCUGCCGAAGAAUUGGCAAAUGCUCUCAUAGAUGUGACACAGGCUGCCGAAGAAUUGGCAGAGGCUCUCAAAAUGUGACACUGGCUGCCGAAGAAUUGGCAUAGGCUCUCAAAGAUUUGACACUAGCUGCCGAAGAAUUGGCAGAGGCUCUCAAAGAUGUGACACAGGCUGCCGAAGAAAUGACUCUACCAAUCAAAAAUUGACACAGGCUGCCAGAGAAGUGACACGUGAUGCUUUUGAAGUGAUACAGGGUGCUGAAGAAAUGACACAUGUUCCCAGAGAAUCUGUAUAGUCUCUCAUAUUGAAAUGGCUAAGGAUCCCAGAGAAAUAACACAGGCUGUCUGAUUUUCAUUGAUGAAUUUGAUCUUAUGCACCAAAUGAUUGAAUAAUCGUUCAUACCGUCCUUCUCUUGCUAUUGCUUUAAUAGUGACAGAUGUCUUCUAUGGUGAUCUCAAAAUAAAACACUUGUGAGAGACAGUACGUUCCUUAAACAGUAUAUACGCAUGUUGUUUACUGCUUUAACUUCGUUUCUUGUCAUAACAUCAGCAUGACAAUCUUGUAAUAAUAAAUAUGUAUAAAAUUAUUUUUGUCUCAACAUGCUUGUAUCAAAAUAAUACAGUAAGUUUUUUCCUAGAUCAUUUUCCCACUUUUAACUGAAACUGUAAAUAUAUAAUCUUACAUAAAUUUAAACAAAAUUGCUAUGAUUUAAUUACUAUGAAAUCGCCAAUAGUCCAAUCAUUAAGUAAAAGUAAACUUUAUGUUUGGUGUUGUUAAAAACCAAUAUAUAAAAAAUAGUCAAUGUAUGUAUACGUAAUGAUUAGAUUGUUUUAUUUUACUUUUCAGCAAAAGCUAAAAUUGAAGACUUUAAGUUAAAAAUAACAAAAGCAACGACCAGGCUAAGCCCGACAGUGAUUAAAGUUGUACCGAAAAUGGAACGUCUGACAAUCUAUCCAAAUGAUACAGUUGAAUUUAGCUGUUCAGUCUCAGGAUCCAAUGGUACUUAUGCUGCAAUCUCCCAUAACGGAUUGGAGAACAGACGAAAGAUUUUAACUUCUAGCGAGAUGCGAGUCCAUGUUGAAUUUAAAAUCUCCCACGCUGAAUGCUCGCACGCCGGACAAUACAUGUGCAAGACCGGCAACAUGCAGGGAUUCUCUGAAGUCGCUAUAGAUAUUGUUGUAGAAUGUAAGAUAUUAAAUGUUUCCAUUGAUCAACAUGUUUAAAAAAGCUUAUUUGUAUGUCAAUUUUAAAAAGACAUCAUAGAGUACAUCCGAGACAAAGUAUGAUUGAAUCGAAUUUUUUUUUAAGAAUAUAAUUAUUUCUCGAAAAAUUAGAUAAAAUGUCAAAUAUUUUAAAUUAAAUAGUGUUUUUUUUUUAAUUCGUUAUGGAAAAAUGUAUUUAAUAAAACUUUGUACAUAAAAAAAUCAUCCAUAGUGUGCUAUCGGCUAUAUAACUAAUGAAACAAUAAAUAAAAUAUAAAUAAACAAUCUCCAUAAAGCUAUUUUAGAUAAUCAUAUCACUCAAAUCAUCAUUGUUAUAUAUCCAAAAGGCAUAACAGAAAAUGCCAGAUUCUACCCAGAGGAUAAAACAAGAUAUUUCGCAAGCGCUAGAGGUCUCCAGGGACCAACGCUAACCUGCACGGAGACCAGUCUCGGCUCGUCCAUUGCAUUGUCCAUACAACGAGAAGAUGGGGAAAUUUUGAGUAAAAUAGAAGACAGUACCUUGGUCAAUUACACCUUCGCAAGAAUGCAGUGUACGGACACUGGCACAUACUCAUGCGUGGCCGAUAGUAAGACCCUGUCAAAGAUGACCACUCAGAAGCUGGACGUCUCAGUGAAUGGAUGUGAGUAUCAUCUUAAAUCUUUAAUAGCUACUAAAAUAAUAACAUGUGUGGAGAACAAUGCUAGUCGUAUUCUGCGAAAACUGGUAAAAUGUGUUUAAUUUUAAAAAAAAUAUUAGUGCAAGGGCUGUCCUUGUUUCAUGUAAACAUCUAUUUUUUAAAGAGAUUUCAUUAAUCUGUUUAAUGCAUUAAUGCAUUGCUUGAUUGUAACAUUGAGAUUCCAUUUUCAAAAAAAUGCUAUAUCUUUCGCCCAAUACGGAAUAGUUUUGAAAGAUAGGAAUGUUUAGAUAAUUUAUUAUAAUAUUUGCCACAUACAUUUUAGAAAUAAUUUACUUUCUGCGUGCGCGUGUGUAUAUGUGUUUGUGCCAUAUGACUGACUACACUCUUAGCCUUAAAACGAUAUUUACAGGUAAUUAUUACAUUAUAAGUAUUAAAUAUUUGAUAUAAAAUAUUUAUGUAGGGUACAUUUUAAAAAUAUGAUUUAAAGUUAGACACAUUAGCUAACUCCUCCCUGUUAUGGCCCAGUAUCAUAUUUUAACAUAUAUGUAUAUAGCAUCAUUACCACUUCACGAGACGAUGGGUAGCUAUUGACACUUUAUCAAAUGGCUUAAGAGGUUAUUCCUUGAAUGGACUUCCUGGCUGCACUUCUCGCUGGAGAACUUUGACUUCUAGGUAAAUGUGACCUUCCGUAACCUUCCUUGUGUUGCAAGGGCUUCGUUUCUCGCAUAAUCUUGCGAAGCCAGGUGGUAUCUUCCUUCUAUUCACAUUACUUUAUAAAAAGAGCCCCUCUCCCCGUAAGCAUCGUCCCCUGUGCCGUGUCUUAUAGAGACCAGCUGUAGCCUUGUGCACUAGAUUCCUCACACCAUGGACCGGCCAAGGGAUUGAAGAGAAUGACAACUGUCAAUACAACUUGGCUCUAGUGGCGUCUCAGCAGUUAUCGAAUGACAUUGGUAUCAGCGUCGGAUCGACUACGGGAUUCCAACUCCAGAUUGAAACUUUGGGUUUACUCCCUUUGUCUUGCCUUAGUUUCCCCACAUUGGUCUUGUAUGUGUAUAUUGAUAUUCAUUCCACGUUUUCCAGUUUUCAGCGAUUUCGGUAAUUAAACAAAUCUUCCACUCAGUUGUGUGCACAUCUUCAGAAGAUGUUGUCCUAUAAAGUUCUUUCAAUCUUUUAAUAUUGACAUUGUGACAACCAAACGAAAACUAAAAUCGAUUCUAAUAGUUAUUGUUUGAACUAACCAUAAUUGUUGAAAUUCUUUUCAAUAUUCACUGGCAAAAUAAUUGUUUUCUCUCUAUCUAGGUCCUCCUCAGAUAUGCAAACACGACAAACAGGUUGAGAUCCAUGAGGACGAGCCGCUACCAUUUGCCUUCCAAAUAUGCAUCACCAAACCCCACAGCCCCAAUGUGACGGGUAUUUACGUUAACGACACCUGGAUCUUCCUUGGAAAGUGUCAUGAUGGCAUCUGUUUCAGUUACUUGAAUCUGGUGUCAAGAUUCGUCCAACUUAUCAACCUAACGAUAAAUGUUUCUUCUCUUGGCGAAAUGGGAACAAAGGCCAUACGGAUAGGGACUGGGUACAACUAUAAGGACAACUAUCUCAACUAUAGUAUUAUCGUUGUUCCAAAAGGUAGGUGUUCAGACUGAUAAAAUCUUUCGUUCGUCAACACGACCUCGGUCGUAAUAUGAAACAAUGCGAUGUUACGUUGCUACAGAAGUUUCUUAUAAAAAAUUCUCAAAUAUUUUAAGGGAAAACAUAGGGGAACAUUGACAUGAGCUAACUUAAUUGAUCAAUAUUAUUUUGUUGAUUUGUAUAACUACAUUAUAUUCCAAAAAAAAUGUUUUGAUUUCAUUUUAAAUACUGAAUUUAUCGGCGUAAAAUACGCAAAUGCGUAAAAUACACACCUCAUUUUAAGAAGGAAAUUUCAGGGAAAAAAACUUAACAUUAUAUCGACGUAUAUCCCGAACAAAUCAUUUGCCCCUUAUUUUCAGGGAGAAAAAGUGCGUGUUAUACGCCGAUCAAUACGGUAUUUUAAAAUUUCUUUUUAAUUUCAUUUUUGUUUUUGUUUCUUGUUGUUGUUUUUUGUUGUUUUUUUUAAAAAUAAAAACACAUUAAAAAUGUCUUUGUCUCCAAAAGGAACACCUGAGCCAAAAAAAACUGCCCAAGUAGGUAAGUGACUACGGACGUUUCUUUACUGCAUUUUUUCAAUUGAUUGGUGUAUUUUACAUUUCAUAAGUGUAAAGUUAUGCGUAUAAAAUAUGAUUUUAUAUCAGUUAAAAAUUAAGAAUGUAAGCCUAGGUUCCUAUGUCUUUUCCCAGCGCAUGUGGUAAUGAGACCAACUGAAAAAAACACAUUUGUUUCAAUAUUAACAUAUUAAUAUAUAUACGUAUCCCAUGAAUUGUAAAUAUCGAUUUUUUUUUUUUUAGAAAAUAAUUUUUUAAACGGUAAUUUUAAAAAGUAAAACUAUUGCUAAAAUACAAUUACUUCUUCUUUCAGGCGCAAGCUCAGUGGCCACGCCAGAGAGUUCCAUUACGACGCUUGUUGUGAUCAUCAUUGGCACAGUUGCUGGUCUGAUUGUAGUGAUUGCGGCUAUAGUUAUUUUCUUAAAGCGAGGUAACUCUUGAUGAAGCAUUGCAAGCAUUAUAUUUGGGGAAAGUCUUCCUUGUCCAUAUGUCUUCUAGAAAAUAGAUCGUUUAAUCAUUACUUAUAUAUAUAUAUAUGCUUGUUAUUAAUGCUGAUCUUUGAAAGGAGAUGAAUAAAGAAAGAAAGAAAAGAACAACGAAAACGUAAAACUUCCCCAAGAAAUAUGUUGACGUGUUAUUUUACUUUGUUCUCAGAAGGAGACAUAGACAGCUAUCGCCCCAUGUCUUGAAGCCGCUUUCAAUAUUUUAUGGUUUGUAAUAUCUGUGAUAAUGAUUGAAUUGUUUUAUUUUUUGUUAUGCGAUCGCUACAUCACAGUAUCCUCUUAUUUUCAGGUAAAAUUAAACACUUUCAGCUCAAGCUUUCAAAGUGAGUUGAUAAUUGUUAUUUCUUAUUUUUAUUGAGUUCAUUUUUGUUAGUUAUCAUUUAUUUAAAAUUUAAUAUAAAAAAAAAUACGGGCAAACUUUUCUAACAUAAUUGCUAUAUUCUUUUUAAAGACGAAAUACGCAAUAAUUUAAUAAUUUAAAAAUAAAUGUAUUCACGUAUUUAACAGGCGCUGUUACAACACAGCGGAUGGUCUGUUCCUAGGAGCAAGGCCGGGUAAGAUCCAAAUUUAAGCACUUAAAAAUGUCUUAGUAAGAAAUUUAGAAAGUGUAAUUAAUUAGAAAUAAACACAAAUAAAGGCGUUCAAGCAGAUCUCAAUGCAUAUAUGAAAAUAAAAUAACAUUUUUUAGUUUCACACAACAGUUGCGUAAAUUUGACAUAAUUAAAAUAUAUUUCAGCACAAAUCAAAUCAAAUGAAAAUAAUAUAUAUAGAUGCACAUUUUCAUAUGCAUCUAAAUUACAGUCAGCUUAAAAAAAAAAAUUAGAUUAAGGAUUUGUAUUCGAUUCUAUGUAAAUUUAGACUGAUAACAAACUAGGUUUCAAUUUUCACUAUUUUGUAUUUAAGAACACUAAAUAGUUUGUUUUCUCUUUAUUUCUUUUGGUAACAACUAUGUCUAUCACUGAUUUUCAAUUUAAAGCUGAGAACACGGCAAAUAACACAGACACCGCCUCGACUGCCAAGACAGUCCAACAAGUCGAUACGUCGGCCACCCAGUCUUCAACCGCAGACACGGUGCAAGAAACAAGAGCUAGUGUCAUGUCUAAUGGUCAACAAACAGUGAGCUUGCCCCUCACGUCCAGACUGCCAGACGUGGCCCACAGCCAUCAUAAUGGAUCCGUGUCUUACGCGUCCUCGCCCGCUGACAAUGCGUCGGUCAAUCACUCUCUUAAUACAAUGUACUGUAAUUCACCGUACGGCAGACAACUUUACGGAAAUCCACCGUACGGUAGUCCGCUCUACGGUAAUCCACCGUACGCUAACGUCCCCUACGGAAACCGGCCUCCAGAUGUCGUUUUUGAAUACCCGGACGGAAGGAUCGGCCACAUUCCCGUGAUCACUGAAACUGUGUACGAACCUGAGAUUGGGACCGUGACCUACAUCACGAGGUCACCCGAUGUGCCCGUGAUCUACCCCGAUGAUCCGGUACCCGCGAUGGAAAGGCGAGGAGAGGACUUGCACAUGAGUGGGACAUUCACCAAUAUGGCUUACAUCCCUGAUGUCAUGCUGACGAAUAUGACCUACAAUCCUGAUGCGACUCUGUCCACUUUGAAAUAUGGCACCGAUGGAACGCUGUCCAAUUUGACCUACAACCCCGACGGUACAAUGACCACUCUGAAGUACAGCACCGACAGCGGACAGGUCAACCUUCCAUAUAACCAUGAUGAAAAACUCAGUACCCUGCCAUACAACGCCGAUGGAACGGUUGUCACAUUGCCCUACAGCCUCGAUGGAACUUCUCAGCCACAAGUUAAUCAUACGCAAGAUGUUUACCAAGUAACUACUACAACUGUAAGUAACAAUGUAUAACUAAUCUUCAAUGAGUAUUUAAAAUUUGUAAUGAUCUAACUAACACAUUAUCAGUACUUAUUAAAGUAUGGGACUAAACAACUCAGGAGUGCGGGAGGCAGGGAAAAAUGGGUGCUAGAAGACCUGUAACAAGUCGUUUAUUUUUAUCAGCUUCACAUUUUUGGGUUGCAUGAAGUCAAUACGUGUUGUAGGAACUUAUGAAAAUCAAGAGAGUGUGAGGCGCCGAAAAAAAUUAAUUAAAUCAGAAACACAUGGAUUAGAUUUAUUCCACCAAGCUAAACUGGUAUCAAUAAUUGGGAGGACAUUUGAAACUUCCAGAAGAGACAAGGAAACCACAGCCUACCACGCUGCCGCCCACAAAACACUCAAAGCAGAUGGGGUUUAGCUCAAUAGGUUGACUAGGGACAUAAAGCGUCAGCGUUCAACUGGGAUAGUAUAUUUAAAAAUGAAAUGACUGUUAUGUAAGUUGAAAAAAGAGUGACGAAGCAAAUACAGCAAACUUGACGUGAAACCCGUAAGGAGCACAGUGACACACACAAAAACACUGCUGGUCAUCUAUUGCAUUCUGGUCUGUGUUUUUAUUCGUCUUGACUACAUCUCGCCCCUGGAUUAAAAUAGGCAUGGAAAAGGAGAGUGUGACUGACCAGUUGCGAUACUCUCCCUAAAUUUAAUCAAAAUAAAGCGCAUGGCUUGGCUAUAUCCUCUAAAAUUCUUACAUACCGUUUUUGUGACAGUUUUUAUUUCCUAAAUGGCUGAGAAACAUAAAAGAAGUGCCUCAAACACAACAAAGCUUGUCUGGCAAAAACAUCAUGGAAAAGACAAGCCAGAGGGACGAGAAUGCAGGCCACCAGACUUAAUAAAGAACUUAUGUUCGGUAAACUCUCCAGUGGUAAACACUCAGCUGUUGGGAAGAAAUAAAAAAAAAACUGCUUAAAGGACUAACUAAUCAUUCAAAUCUAUGCACAUUGACCUUAAUUCGUGGAUUGCUUAAGAUAGCGUGGCAGAAGCAUUGUUUGAGUACACACCUAAAAACAAAUCAACCACGCUGCUCACACCUAAGAAAAGCACACGGCCGGGAAUCAACUCAGAUCCUAUUAGGACCCAAAACAACAAGUGUCCCACCUUCGGAAAAGAUUUCCAUGGACAAAAGGGACUGGCUAGCCACCUGCGUACUCACAUGGUGGUAAAACCUUUCUCUUCUUCGCAUGAGAAGGACGAACAACAAAAUUUAAUGCAUUAGUUAGAUUGGUCUGAACACUCAAAACAGUUGCAUUCACAUAUUUAAUAUCGGUAAUAGCACAUAUGAAAUUAGGAAGCUCCACUUAUUACUUUAAUUUUUCUGAUAGCCAAGUGAUUUUAAAUUUCAAGCCACUGUAUUAUGCACAUUGUAUUCAAGAAAUGUUGAUCGUGGAUUUACUUUAAAGACAGCUAGACGAAACAUGGCCAAGUUGAAUGUGUUAAGCUUGACAUUAGGAAAAUGAGAUGCAUAGUUUUUCUCACUCUGUUUCAUUCUAUUAUUUGGUGAUUUUCCUACAGACAUGUCAUUUUUUUUCCUUAUUGUUAAAUGUGAUUACAUGAGCGAUUUGUUAAAUACUCAACUAUGCGGUGUAUAUAUAAAGACUGUAACUUUGUUUCCACGAACGUCUUCUUUGGAAUUAAAUGAAACACUUUUUAACAAAUUUAAUUAAACCACUGUUUUGAAUGCUAGCUAUAGCAGUUUCCUCAAAAUGGGGGUAGGCUAAACUCAAAUAAUGUUUAGUUGUCCCCCCCCCCUCAGCAUAAUUACUUCAAAGUAUCCCAGAGUAGCUUUUUUAUUUGUUUUUUUUUCCUUUCCUUAGAACAACAACCAAUUCACCGACAACGACGGUGUGGUCUACGUCACUACUGGCAACACCCAGGUCAUAAAGAAGACAGAGCGGGUCAUCCACGAAGAGAUCCGCGAGACCGUGGAGUUCGUCAGCCUGGACUAUGGGAACGCGGCGGCCAAACCGGACGCGACGUGUGAGGAGACGCAGAACGAGGCCAACAGGACGUACGAGGAGCAGCAAAAUCUGUACCACAGCCGCUAACCUGAUUGAACUCAUGAUUAAAACCUCCUUAAAAUGUUUGCAAAUAUUAUAAAUUAAUUGAUGUUCUAAAUAACAAACUUAAAGGUUAUAUUGUAGUUUAGAACUGUUAAGACAAAAUGAAAUGAUUAUUUGUUAUAACUUAAAGGUUGAUAUGAUCAACAUGACAUAGUAGAAAAGAAAACAUAGAAUCAACAAUUUAAAACACGAUAAGCAUACAAUGGAGGUUUUAUUUGUUUAAAAACAAAAGGUAAAAAUUAACAUGAAAUGGACGUGAAAUACAUUUUUGAAAAUGUGUUUUCCUUACGAAUUGUUUUUUACAUUCGGUAGGAAGAUCUGAAUCACUCCUUAAAAAUAAUUUAAAUGCACACAAAAAAAUUAUUGGCAAAGAAGUUUAAAACGUGAACACAUGACAAUAGACGAAACGUAAUUUGACAUUUUUAAAAUCAAAUUACUCAAUUUACAAAACCAUCGCACAAAUUUAAUAAGACCAUGAAAUAGGGAAGAUAGUACAAUUUUUUUGUUGUUCUAAUUUGCUGCUCUUACUACUAAUAACAUUUUGUAAGCUUUAAAUGUCUUUUUUUUUAAAUUGCUCUGAUACAUACGUUUACUGUAGCAAAUGAAAAUAAUAAGAUUACCCUGUUGUAAAUAAUUACAAUCACGUAAAUCAAAAAAUUAUGUUGACGUUCUUAGCCUAAAAUAAUGUGACAUUUUCCUCAAAGUGUUGGGAAAUCCCCAAGCACACUUAGCUGUCAACCAUAUUUUACUUGUUUCCAAACAAUACUUGACAAUGAAAGUGUGAUGCAUUGAAAUGAUUAAAAAAUGGUGUAUUUUUUGUUUUCAUAAGUUGUCUUAACUUCUGUAAGAUUUUUUAAAAAUUAUGCAUACACUGCAGACCAAAAUGUACUAUUUAUAUGCUUAACACUUAAAUGGGGACAUUUGAACCAAAAAGUCACAAAAUACCCCAAUUUGAGAUAAUCUUGUUCUACUAUUCUAUGUGUCUAUAAAAUGAGAUGACUCUAUUUUGUUGGCUGUUUUAACUAAGCUUGUUUAUGCGGUGCACUUGGCUAAACAGGAUGAGAAAAUGCCACAGUUGAGAUGGAUUUUUCAAUAAAUAUAACUGAAGUACUUUUGUCACAAUGGUAUUCAAAUAUAAGUUACUUCACUCUUAUACAUUUUAUUUGCUGUAUUAUAUCAACGUUUACUUGAAGUAACACGAUAAAACGUAAUAAUUUCAUUUAUGUAUGUGCUUUUUUGUACUGAAAUAUCUCCACACACAAAAAUCACCAUUAUCUACACUAUAAUUAAUGUUAAAAUUAAAAAAAAAUAAUAAUAAUAAUAAAAUUGAAACAAAUCUCUGCUUUACAUAAAUAGGUCGAUGAGAAAAUAAGCGUUUAUAAGCUAAUGUUUAUAGAUCUAAAAUAAAAUGAGUAAAACAGAGUAUGGUUAAACCUGAAAAAUUAAACGUAACAAAACAGCGAACUUGUCGGCAGAAAGCCUUCGUCAGCGAACAAAACAACAGAAAAAACGUUAUAAAAAUAAGAAAUAGCACUUAGCUGGUAAGUAGUAUCUGUGGGCAGCAAUAGAAGUGUUUAUAGAUCUUAGGCUCACCCAAAGAGUGAGAUGUAUCGGGUGUAUAUAAUGCAUACUUGUUUCUAAAUAUAAAACAAAUUAAUGACAUCUUCAUUUUGAAAUUUAAAUCUUCGCAUUUGGCAAAAAUAAAGUAGCCGAUUACAUAGUUGGAGGCAAAUGGUAAUGUCAAAAAUGGCGACAGUGGCUAUAGAUGGUAGUUAAUUUGUAAAAUUUACGCAGUUUUGUUCGACUAUUCAGAUGAACCACAACGUUAAAUAUCGUAUACCCUUAAAUAAAGUGUACCUAUAAGAUCUUCUUAGUUAAAUUUUGGUGUUAAAUUAGUUACAUCAUUUCAAAGAAUUUCGAACAUUUACGUUAAUAUAUCUGACCAUUGGGACUAUUGCUAGUUACCCAUAUUGGCAUAACACAGUUUUUUCGUAGACUUAAUGUAAACUGAUCUUUCGAAAUAGAGUUCUCCCACCUUUGUGAGAACAAUGAAUUGACGAGAGUUAUGAUUUAUAAUAAUUGAAGGACUGCAUUCAAGCUGUGCAAAUGAAAUAGUAGGACAAGUUAUGUUGAAGCUUGCAUUAAUAGACAGUUCGGCAGUUGUUGUAUUUUCAUUCGCUGGAGGCUCUAAGCCGAAACAUUAAUAUGGUUGUGUCCAGUCUAUCAAUUCAAGCUUCAACACACCUUCGUCUAGUAUUUCAAAUAAAAUUUAACAGGCCAUAAACUGAGACUCCAUAAUGGUCUCACGAUAGUUAAAGGCUGAACUAAAGGGUAACAUUUUAAAGAGCGAUAUGUUGUUUUUAUUAGAAUAAAUUUAUUAAAUUCCUAUUGGUUUAUUUAAUUAAUUUCUUUUUUUAGAAAAAAAGGGGUUUUCUUGUUUUGUUUUCAACUUGUGGAAACUCAAAUAUCAAUGUAACAAUGUAGAACUACAAGUCUACAUUUCCUUUUAAGUUAAAUAAAGAUAUUUAAAACCAUUCUGUAAAAUCAAGCAAUAAAAUGGAUUUUUUUUUCUCGUAACACUUGUGCAUAAAUUGUUCAAAAAUUUUUGCAAAUUAUUUCGCCAAUUGCCUAUAGCUAAGAGAAUUUAGCUUUGUAAUGAAUAAAUGCUUAUUAAAUAGUAUUCAAUUUUUGUUAUGUGGGAUCAUGACUUAAGCUUAUGUCAAUAAAAUGCUUUGAAUGAUCUUAUAUGAUUUAAAUCAUCCAUGGAUCAUGCUUUUAAUGACUUGACAUGCUUUUAUAUUAAAAGUUAAGACUAUAUUUAAAUAAAGAUAUUUGAGAUUUUAUUUUUUGCCAUGCAAUGUAAUUGGAUAUUUCCGUACCUGAUGUCAAAUUUUAACUUGUGCAAAGUAUGUCUAGAUGCAAUGAAAAGAAUGUGCAUGUUUGAGUGUUAUGCUUCGAAUAAGUCAGUAUGUUGUUUUCUCUGAUUCUAUUAUCGUUAUACAAACAAAUGAUUGAUAUCAUGAUAAUCUAACAAAUGGCAGCCAAUUUUUUUUUGUGGCGUGAUUUUAUUGCACAUCAGAUUUAGAUUUUUAUUUAAAGUAGUUUUCUUUUUUAAAAAAGAACAAUAUAAAUGCGAGUGUUAUGAAGUUAGCAUUGAAAAUGUUCGUAUACAUUUACAAAAGAAGAGUAUUACAUUUCCUGAUGGGAACAAUAAUCAUUAAUAUGAAAAUAUCAACAUCAGUAUUUAUAUAAUAAAUAUUUAAAUCAUGAAA